AUGUCACCAUCACCGUCUAUCUCACGUAAACGACAAAUUGAAACUAACCAACAACAACAAUACUCAUCCUUGAUGUCUCAAUCAAUGGAUCAACAGUCCGCAUUCAUAACACCAACGCGAAAUGAUAAUAAACGUCCUCGUCCAUCUCAAAGCCAUUCAUUAACACGUUCGGGUGAUUAUCGUUGCGUACGACAAUAUCCGAAAAGUUUAGAAAUCUUUAUUCCUUUCGAUAACAAUAACCAACCGAAGACAACAACGCGAACGUACGAAUAUGAAAUCGAAAAGAAACGACGAUCAUCAUCAGAAAAUCUCUUCAAACAACGGCAACGAGAUAAUUUUCAUGUUGAACAGCAGUACCUUCGUUGUUUAGAUGAUCUGACUGAUGAAUAUGUGAAAUUGAAACGUCGAAGAAAAUCAGUGGAUCAACGAAAAGAAUCAACAACUUAUGAAACAACUGAACAAUAUGAAACCAUUGAACGAACCUACCAUCAACCCAGAACAACGACAAUAACAAGUAGAGAUCAUUUUGACAAUACAUAUCAACGUUCAGCUUCGGAGAAUCUUCUUCAAAAGCGUUUUCAACCACUCACUACAACAGAUCUGACAUUGAGUGGCGAUGAUUUCUCAGGAAUAGACUAUAAUCUUACUCGAAAGGAGCGUUCAAAACCAAUACACAUUCAUUCGUCGACAAGUUCCAUACCAGGAGAGACGAGCAUCAAGUAUGUGCGUACAGAACCUCUACCCGUUGAAGUUCUCGUACCAAAAUCACAACUAAUAACAACACAUGGAGAACAUUCAUCAACCCUACUGAAAGAUACUCGACAGACAACACGAAGGUCUACAACAAAUAUUCAUCAACAGCCACGUCGGCGAACCAUCGAAGGUCAACAUGAGCUACGUAUUAUCGAGCAACCUAUUACAUCAGGUCAGACACUUCCUGUGGAGUUUACAGUUCCGAAACCAAUCGAAACAUUACCCGCCGAACAUUCAUCAACAUUUGUAGUUAAAUCAAGAAAAGGUGGUCGAUUUCAGACAGUGGAUAUUAGUCAAACAUUAGGUCGUGAGCGUCGUUUAUCCGGAGAACAUGAGCUUCGUAUUAUAUCUGAACCUAUCCAACCAAGUUCACGAAAUAAACCUGUUGAAUUGUUAUUUCCUAAACCAACAUUAACUUCACAAACGAGUCAUCAUUCAUCGACGAUAGUGAAACAAAAUCGAAGACCGAGAUCCAGUUACGUUGUCGAUAAUAUUCAAACAGUAUUGAAAGGUGAACAUGAAUUGCGUUUAGUUGAUAAACCGAUCCAGUCUGGUCCGGGCGAUAGUGUGGAAAUAAUAGUUCCAAAGAGUAUGACGGAUAUGGCUGAGCAUACGUCGACAGUAAUCACUGAAACACAUCCACAACGACGCGUUUUGGAGAUCACCGGCAGUGGAAGAAAAAUUGAAAAUGAACAUGAAACGAAAUAUUUUCAUGACAAAGUUCGAAUCGAAGAAGUAUUGGAAGUGAAAUUACCUAAAACAAAAUAUAAUCAAGCUGAACAUUCAUCAACAAUAAUUAAACGAAGCCGUGGUCGAGCACCGGUCAUGGAGAUCGAUACUCGACGAAGACCUAUUGAAGGUGAACAUGAACUGAGAGUUCUGGAAGAGUCUAUCCAGACUACAGCUGAUACAAUGGAACUGUUAGUACCCAAACACAGAUCAUCUUCAGAACAUAGUACAACACUGAUCAAACGACAACCUGGUAAACCACAAACAUUUACAAUUGAUCGUCGACAAACUAUUUCUGGCGAUCAUGUGACGAAGUAUUAUGAUCAACCCGUAGAAACCUACAGUCCAAUGGAAGUCGUAUUUCCUAAGCAACAUUCAAGUUUGAAUACGAAAGAAGUCGAACAUUCUACAACAUACUUACGCAAGGCGCGACCUAAAUACGAACCAGUUGAAUUAGUUGUCGAUCGGCCAAGAGUUUUACCAAGUGUAUCGAAAGUCAUUGCUGAUAUUCCAGCGACUUCACAGAUCACAUCAAUGAAAUCAACAGCAUUUGACACGAACGUUACGGAAAGAAAUUUUCAUGAACGAUACGACGAAAUGGAAGAUGUCUACGAACGACCAUUAUUACGUGACAGCUCGACUACCGUGCUUGCGAAUAUUCAACCGAGCUUAGAAUUGAAAUCAAUUCAGCCAACACGUCAACAAACAAAAACCACUCGAACUGAAGAAAGUACGUCUACGUACACGAUGGAACGUGAUCGAUAUCCAAACGAGGAAAUACUUGAACUUCGUUUACGUAAACCAUACAUUGAAGAUAGUUCUUCAACCGUUUUAGCUAGCAUCCAACCUGAGUUAGGUAUUUGUGGACUAUUGAAACCAAGUCCAUACGUUCCUCAAACAUUAGAAGAAUCAAGUUCUAUGACACUGAUGGAUUUCAAUACUUCUCAACAAACAGCGCCGUAUGAAUUAAUUAUUCCACGUUUUGAUGUUGAAUCCUCAACAAGUACUGUCCUUGCUCAAGUCGCACCAGCUCCUGCUGGAUCACGCACGAAAUUUGACGUAUCAAAAUUGGAAAAAUCAACUUCGAGUGUGACAUUCGAACAAACAACACGUUCCGAACAAGAAGUGGAAAUGAUUAUGCCGAAACCUAAACAAAUCGACACAAGUACAUCGACAAUGCUUGCUGAUGUACACGGAAAAUAUGAAACAAAACAGGUUCGUUCAAGUGAAUUCCAACCUGAAAUGUCGACGUCGUCCGUUUUAUUUGAUCAAACUACACGGAGUGUACAUCCGCAAUCAAUCGAAUUACAUUUAAGACAACCGAGUUCAACGCAGACUCAAUACGAGACCAUCACUGAACAAUAUCGACAAUUGGAAGAUGAAAUAAACUAUACGCGUCCACUUCUACAAGAGAGUACAUCUGCUAUACCAUCGUCCUUUCAAUCCCCUCUAAAACCGAGUAGUCAAACGAUUGUAGAACAUGACAAACUAGACGAAACAACAAUAGAAUCCCAUUUACACCGUCAAACGAGUUCACAUACGCUUGUGACGGACUCUACUGAUAGACAUGUAGAAAACGAUGAAAUGUAUGUUUUAGGUUCAGGUCAUCAACAAAUGCAAUCAUAUGGUUCGCCGACAAUACAUGCUGAUUUGAAUAAACCAUUGGAAUUAGUUUUCAAUGUUGAUGGAGGUACGACAUCCACGGUGUCUCCGCAAUACCGCCGAGGUCACAAUUCGAGAAUCUUAUCAAAUUCGCCUCUUGGAAGGGAUAACAAUUCAACAGUGAUGACAGAAACUGUCACUCGUCAAUAUCAACCAGUUGAAUUUCGUGUAUCAGGUGGUUUACCUGGUUACAAUAAUAGUAUAAUUGAACAAUAUUCAACUGUUGAUAGCGACUCUCCUAGUGGUUAUACGACAACAACACGAACAAUAACUUCUUCGGAUACUCCUGGUAGAUAUGGCGAAACAAUCAGUCGAUCAACAGUUCGCGGUGUAAAACCAUUCGAUCAAGUAGAUUUAAUUCUACAACCUGAUACUCCGUUAACGUCAACUACGUCACGACUUCUGACAACGAAUACUGGCUAUGAACAAGGCUAUACUCCAUAUUUUACUGUUUCUUUGAAUGAUCAAACCAUUCGAGAAGGUGAAUCAGUUCUUCUUGAAAUUAAAGUUUCUGCUCAACCUGCUCCAGAAAUAAUCUGGGAUAAAGAUGGUCAAUUAAUCGGUGAUGAUUCAUCAUUUCGUUUGGAUUACUACGGCGAUGGUCGAGCGACACUCUACAUCCCAGAAGCAUUUGCUGAGGAUCAAGGUCUAUACACAUGUACUGUAACGAAUGGUUAUGGUACUUGCCGUACAUCAGCGCGUUUGACUGUGGAUUCAACUGGAGGCGGACCGUCACCAAAGCGUCGUCAGCUGGAUAGUUCAACGAAUGAUUUAUAUCGACAAGGACCAACACAAACAAUUGAAUCUUAUCGAGUCUACUCGAAACCAUCAUCGACAAUAACACAAGUAACUGAAGAGACACAAGUCUAUCAAAUACCGUCGCAUCAACAAAACAACGAAAUAACUUAUUCUAUUCAUGGAACACAGCCGAAAUUUCAGCCAAUCUCAUUUCUGGUUUCGUCUAAUCAAGAAACAACGCAACCAAAUAUCAAAACAACGUACACAACCGAGGAGGAUAAUCAAACGAUAUACUCUAAUGCAUAUCGUACACAACCUAAUCGUCAAACUGGCCUUGUAGCAACUGUUGCUAAACAAGCAGGCCCAACACUUACUCAAGAAUAUGACACAGUGGAAACUUCAUAUAUUACUAGUCGACCGAAUUUCACAAAGCCAUUGGAACCAAUUGACGCAUUGGAAGGAGGAACCGUACAGAUCACCGUACAUCUAUCAUCAGUUGGUCCUUAUCAAACCAGACCGCAGAUUCAAUGGUAUCAUCAUGCUCAACCCAUUCAACCCGAUAAUCAACACUAUCGUAUUACUGAAGGAUACGACACUGCUACAUUAGAAAUUAUCAAUGUCAAAAAGCAUGAUACAGGUCAAGUAUGGUGUGUAGCCAACACUCCAUCAGGAUCAGCAACUACAACAUGUACUCUCACCGUUGAAGAACGACCCGUUCGAACACAUCAUCAUGUCAAAUCAACUCAGCAAUACACUGUACCACAAGAAACAGUUUAUGAAACACAGUCAACUCACUCAACUCAUGCACAAAUACCUCUUCAUCAUCAAAAGCCAGAACAACGAACUCUAUCUCAAUAUUAUACAAAUCAAACAGUUACUGAGCAACAAUACUCACCACAAUCAUACACUUCACACACGCCAUUGUCCUACCAACAGCAAGUAUCACCUCAAUCGCUUACUUCACAACAAUCAUACAGCACUGUUUCGUAUCAACAACAGCAACCGCAGCAACAAGCACCAUUUCAGCCGUACAUUUCACAACCUCAAACUGUUGCGCCUCAACAGCCACAGCAACCACAAUCAGCACCUCAAACAUUUAUUCCUCCGGCUCCGCCGUUGUUACCUAAUUUCAAUACGAAAUCAACAUAUGCCGAUAAACAAAUCAAAGUUCUCGACAGUGGUUUGCAAGAUCAACCAUUAUAUACAGGCAGCGAAACAGUUUUUGAAUGUAAAUUUACUGGACAGCCAGAAAAAGUACAAUGGUUUCGUAAUGAAGUAGAAAUCGUCAACAAUCCUCAACAAUUGAACAAUAGAAUUUAUCACGUGACAAAUCUGAACAGCGGAAUAACUCGAUUGAUUAUCAAAACAGCAUUAGAUGAAGAUGUUGGAACAUAUACAGUUAAAUUAUCAGGACCCAAUGAAGAAACAACCAGUGCAAAAUUGGUUCCAGCUGCACAAUUUCAAAAUAUUCAGAAGAAAAAAGUGGAACAAACACAGCGCAAAGCUUUAGUUCAAGAACUCGAAGAACGACAAUUGAAACGUAUGCGACCAACAAAACCUGCGCCCCGCAGUGGUUACAUGUCAUAUGGUACCAGUGACGAUGACGUUUUCUACGAGCCAACACAACGUGCUGCUCCCCAGCGUCAUCCAACUGCACCAACAUUGAGUCGUCCAUUAAAAGAUCAAGAUGUUAAAGAAGGACAACCCAUUCAAUUAACAUGUCAAGUCCAAGGUUUUCCUAAAUCUGAGCUUCUCUGGUUUAAAAAUAACGUUCCAUUACCAUUAUCAGCACGACACAAAAUUGCCCAUGAUGCAAAUAACGGUACAAUUACACUACGUGUUACAGAUUCACGACCAGAAGAUAGUGGUGUUUACACUGUGAUUGCUAAAAAUCCUCAAGGUUAUGUCGAAACAACUGCUCAUGUCAUCGUUGAAGAAUCACCUGGUAUCGAUGAAACGUCUUACGUUCAACCUGAUGCAUUCAAAUAUCUGGAAAAACAACCAGUCGGUGCUCGGCAACCGAAACGUCGAGAAUCUGACACUUCGACUUCACAGCCUCGGCCGGCUAAAAUUACGAAAACACCAAUGAGCAGUGCAGUAGUUGAAGGUGAAACUGCACAAUUUACUUGUCAAGUCGAUGGAAACCCAAAGCCAAAAGUUGCUUGGUUGAAAGAUAGUAAACCUUUGAUGGCUGGACCACGAUUCUCGACUUAUUAUGAUCAAGCAACAAAAACUGCUGUUCUACGUGUCAAAGAUGUUUGCAAAGAAGAUCAAGGCUAUUAUACAUGUGUUGUAGAUAAUUCAAUGAACUCGGAUCGUAGUACUGCUACUUUACAAGUUGUACCAGAAACUAAAGUCGACCAACGAUCGUACGUCGAAACGGAUGCAUUUAAAUACUUAACACCUGAAAAUAAACAACUUCGCACGGCUAAUAAAAGUACUGAUCGUGUCACAAGUGGUGUCGAUAGUGAAUCAUUCGUUAAUCUUGACUCAUUUCGGUAUUUGGAAACAAAAAAGCAGUCGAAACAGCCUGAGGAUAAUUUAGCAAUUGAUGAUCGACCGAUUGUAGAUCUUGAUGCCUUUCGUUAUGUAGAAGCUCGGCAAGCUCCUAAAACGAAACGAGAAGAUACUACUCGUGCAUCGAUCGACGACACACCGAUCAUUGCACCCGAUGCUUUUCGUUACUUAGAACGAAAAGCUGACGCAACCAAGUUAAAGAAAGAUCAAGAUAUAGGCCCAUCGAUUGACGAAACUCCUCAAGUUAACUUAGCUGCAUUUCAAUAUUUGGAACGCAAGGGAUUGCCAAAGAAACCUGAAGAAGGUCCUAGUAUUGAUGAAUCAUCGAUUGUCAAUCCUGAAGCGUUUAAGUACUUAGAACGUAAACCUUUAAAGAAAACUGAAGACGUUGGUCCAGCAAUUGACGAGACACCCAUCGUGAAUCCUGAUGCAUUCAAAUAUUUGGAACGAAAAACUGCUCCACAACCACGUGAUACAACACCGGCUAUUGAUACUACACCUUUGGUUAAUCCAGAAGUGUUCAAAUACUUAGAAAAACCGACGACGGCGCCUCGCAUGGAUGAAACUCCCGCAAUUGACACUCGUCCAAUCGUACCACAAGAAGCUUUUCGUUGGCUCGAUCGCCCGAAACAACUGGAACGUAUUCCGGAAGGACCGGCUGUAGACGAAAGUUCGUACGUGAAUCCACAAGCUUUUCGUUAUAUCGAAGCAAAACCGAAAGAAAAACCUGUUGAUACGGGUCCAUCAGUUGAUCAAAGUUCGUAUGUUAAUCCACAAGCAUUCAGGUAUCUAGAAGCUGCACCAACAAAGAAACUGGUGGAUCAAGGACCAGUAAUUGACACAUCCAAUUAUGUCAAUCCGCAAUUGUUUGCACAAUUCGAAGUAAAACCUGCUCCACAAUCAGUAUACGAGGAACAAGAAAUCAAACGUGCACCUCGAGUUCUUCAACCAUUGAAGAGCACACAAGCGAUUGAAGGAAAGCCUGCUGUUCUAGUUGCAAAUAUUGACGGCUUUCCUGUCCCACAGCUAACGUGGUUAAAAGAUGGUGCUGAAUUGCCUGCAUCGAAUCGUGUUACAACGAACUACGAUAUUCCAUCAAAGACGGCAUGGAUUCGUAUUGAUAAUGUUCGUCCUGACGAUAGUUCUGUGUAUACAUUGAUCGCACAUAAUUCAACUGGUGAAGUGCGUAGUGACGCGCGUCUCAACGUCAUACCGAGCAUGACGCCAAUCGAUAAUACAGCAUUCGUACCAGCCGAAGCAUUUGAACGAAUCGAACGUGGAACUGGACCGACGCGUCCAACAGCACCGGCAACCACAGGCGUUGACGAUACAUCGUUUGUUAAUCCAUUACUCUUUCAACAGUUUGAAGCACCGCUCAAGACGAAGAUAACGGAAGACUAUACAAGCGAAGUAGUUGUUCAAGUUCCCGCACGUUUUCUAACUCCAUUGAAAUCGGUUCAAGCGCCGGAAAGUACUACAGUCGUUUUCGAAGCCAUUGUCGAAGGCAGUCCAAUCCCAACAUUCACUUGGUUGAAGGAUCAAUUGCCUUUAGGCGAAAGUAACCGUUUCGUUACAAACUAUGAUCUACCUAGCAAACGUGUUACACUGACAAUAAAAAAUGUACGGGAAAGUGACACCGGAACAUACACUGUAUUAGCAUCGAACGGUCCACAACUUCAACAUUCAUCAGUUACAAUACAAAUUGUUGGUGCACCUUCGAUAGAUCAAUCGUCAUUCAUCCCAAUGGAUGUCUUCAAUAAACUAGAAAAGCCAUUCAGUCAACAACCAUAUGUACUAGUACAAUCAGGUGUUGAUCAAACUUCAUACAUUUCUCAACCAGAUCGCUUUGCUGUAUUUGAUCAAAUUCAACCGAAUCGACGGCCUUUGAAUGAUUUCGGUGGUGUUGAUGAAACAUCACUUGUCAACAUGGAAAAAAUACGUUUACUCGAAAUUCCAUCAAGUAUAAUGAAACAACCGUAUGAUGUUGAAGAGAAAUCGGAAGUGCCUACAGUUAUCUCACCACUUCAACCAGUCGAAGCACAAGAAGGAACUCCAGUUGUUUUAACCGCAAAAAUUACUGGUAGUCCUAUGCCGAACUUUACCUGGUCGAAAGAUAAUGCACCGUUACUUGCAUCAUCUCGUUUUACCACUUAUUAUGAUAUUCCAUCGAAAUUAAUUGUCUUACAAAUAAACGAUGCUCGGCCUAGUGAUACAGGUGUUUACACUGUUCGCGCUGACAAUAAAUCAGGUGAUACAACAUCGUCGGCGACAUUGACUAUUUCAAGUCAACCAGGUGUUCGGGAUCAAUCGUUUAUUACUGCUGAUAAAUUUCGACUUUUAGAACAGCCAAAUCAACCUCGUACAACUGAAGAUAUCAGUGGCGUUGACGAACGACCGCUCGUUGAUUUAACCAAAAUACAACAACUGGAGAUUAAACCGGCGCAAUUAAUUGUUGAAGAAGAAGAAGAACAAACCGAACAGGUGAAACCAACUGUUUUAAUACCACUUCGUAAUAUGAAGGCAGUUGAGAACCAACCAGUGGUUCUCUCUGCUCAAAUCGAAGGUAAACCGCAACCACAGUUUUCCUGGUUUAAAAAUGAUCAACCGUUACCAGAAGGAAAUCGUUUUCGUACGCAUUACGAUAUUCCAUCGAAGACAAUCUUUCUUACUAUUGCUGGCGCACGUGAAGAUGAUUCGGGUACAUAUCGUUUAGUUGCUCAGAAUCCAACUGGGCAAGAAGAGACAACAUGUGAAGUGACUGUCGAUAUCAAUCAACCGAAUAUUGAUCAACGUUCAUUCGUACCACAAAAAGCGUUUGAUAAAUUAGAAAAACCCUUAUUACAGGUUAAUAGUAUCAUCAGUGGAGUCGACCAAACAAGUUUUUUCAACCAAGAACUAUUUCGUCCCUUGGAUGAACGGCACAUCAAACAUCCGUCGGCGAUUGUCGGCGGUGAAGAAAGUGAUGCAGCUAUGCCUGUUUCGGCACCGAAAGUUCUUACACCACUUCGUCCAACAAAGACAACUGAAGGCGAAACAGUUCUUUUGUCAGCACAAGUUGAAGGCUAUCCAUUACCGCAAUUUACGUGGGUGCAUAAUAAUCAACCACUGAUGGCAUCGAAUCGAGUGACAUCACAUUAUGACAUGUUAACUAAACGUUGCUUUCUUCAAAUUGUCGACAGUCGGCCAAGCGAUGUUGGUACAUAUGAAUUACUUGCUGAAAACCCAUCUGGUCAAGAUCGUACACGAACAGAAUUGAUCAUUGUACCUGUUUCGAAAAUAGAUCAAACUGGCUACGUUCCAUUUGAAAAAUUCUCAACAUUAGAAUCCAAGCCACGCAUACCAAGUGAUCUUCGUUCGGGUGUUGACGCUUCACCAUUUGUUAGCGGAGAAAUAUUUCGCUUAUUAGAAGCUAAACCAGUCAAUGAAUACUUGGUACCAGAAGAGGAGGGAAGUGUGCCCGUGGAAGUUCUCGUUCCAUUGAAGCCAGCUAUUGCGCAAGAAGGACAGCCUGUUAUACUGACGGCGAAAAUACGUGGAAGGCCAACACCACAGUUUACAUGGCUUCGUAAUAAUCAACCAGUAUUGGAAUCAAAUCGUCUACAAACCUACUACGAUUUUCCAUCGGAAACACUUGUUUUGGAAAUCAGUGAUAUAUGGCCCCAUGAUGCUGGUAAUUACACUGUGAUUGCUGAGAAUCCAAAGACAGGAGAGCGUGUUGAAACAUCUGCCCCGUUGACAGUACGUGGCGAUACGACAUCAAUCGAUCGAACAGCAUUUGUUGCCCCUGACGCAUUUCGAACACUGGAAACGGUGGUACCAUUGCGUCCUGUUGUGGAUGAAUCAGGCGUAGAUACAAAUAGUUAUCUGAGUCCAGAUGUCUUACGAGCUUUGGAUCAAGCGAAACAAAAACCGAAUGAAACACCCGAGAAGAAACAGCCACUUGUAGCACCGAAGAUUCUCGCUCCAUUACAACCAAUCGAGUGUAAUGAAGGGCAACCGAUUAACUUUACCGCUAAAGUUGAAGGCGUUCCACAGCCGCAUUUCGUAUGGUUGAAAAAUGGUCAACCACUUCCAGAAUCGAAUCGAGUUUGGUCACAUUAUGAUUUACCUACGAAAACACUUCUCCUACAAAUUAAUGCCGCUCGCCCAGACGAUACUGGCUCAUAUGUUCUCAAAGCAGAAAAUCCACUUGGUCAUGAUGAGACACAGACAACAGUCAAUGUCUUACCAGGCCCUGGUGUUGAUACGAAUGCUUUUGUUCCACCGGAGAAAUUUGCCGCUUUUGAUCAACCAUUUGGUCCAAAUGUUCCUACUCAAUCUGGUGUCGACAACAGUCCUUUUGUCCAACCCGAACGUUUCGCGCCAUUGGAAGUCAAAGCUCCUCAACCAACCAAACAGGAGAUGCAGAAACCGGAAGCACCCAAAGUACUCUCUCCUUUACAACCGACUAAAGCGAAUGAAGGAUCACCUGUACUUCUUCAAGCGUCGAUUGUUGGCACGCCAACACCAAAUUUCACAUGGUUGAAAGAUGGCAAACCAUUGCAAGCAUCGAAUCGUCUUCGCACACGCUAUGAUAUUGGUACCAAACAAGUACUUCUGCAAAUUAACGAUGUUCGUCCUCAAGAUGCGGGCCAGUACACCGUUGUGGCAUCGAAUCCAGCUGGUGAACAAACCACAGUUGGUACUCUGGAUGUCGUACCAGAUAAACCAGGUGUUGAUGAACGUCCAUUCGUUCCCGCAGACAAAUUUCGCAACCUUGAACAGCCACAAGCGGAUAAAAAGCGACCGCUCGAGAUUAUCUCUGGUAUUGAUAUCCCAUCAAGUGUGUCACCAAUGGAUACAACGGAGCAAGACCUGCUCCCUCAAGAGAAACGAGCACCACGCGUAAUGGUGCCAUUAAAGGAUAGUGAUGCAAAAGAAACAAUGCCCAUCAUCUUCUCAACCACCAUUGAAGCAGGUUCACCCAUGUCUAAAUUCACUUGGUUCAAGAACGGUCAGCCACUUGUUGCUGGCGAUCGAUUCAUCUCCAAGUAUGAUGUCGUACCCAAGACACUCACUUUGGAAAUUCUUAAUGUCCAACCUGAAGAUCAAGGAACGUACACUGUCCGGGCUACUAACCCGACUGGUACCGAUGAAACUACUGCUAAGCUUACCGUGAAGCCAUUGACAAACACGGAUGCACAGUCAUUCGCGCAACCCAAGCCGUUACAAGUGACAGCACCACAGCCUACGCAACAGGAUAUGCAGCAGCCCCAACCACCGAAGAUACUCAAACCAUUGGAGAAUAUCCAAGCACCGAAAGGCUCACCAGUUCUUUUGCGUGCGACCAUUGCUGGAAAACCAACGCCCACGUUCACUUGGUUCAAAGAUAACAAACCACUGCAAGCAUCGCCUCGUUAUCGUACACAAUAUGAUGUUCCUACGAAACAAGUCGUUCUUCAAAUUGACGAGGUUCGACCAGAAGAUGCUGGUCAGUAUGCGGUAGUUGCAGCCAACCCAAUCGGUCAAGAAACAACUGUAGGCUCGCUGACAGUUGUACCAGAACGGACAGGUGAAGAGAAGCGUCCAUCCGGACAACCACAAGGCAAAACGCCACGACCUGUAGAAGCAGCACCUGGUGUUGACUUUCAACCAACCGAGACAGCACCUUUAGCACCACGUGUGUUAGUACCAUUGAAAGACAACGAAACAAGAGAGACAAUGCCCACGAUCUUCUCAACCACGAUUGAUGCAGGUUCUCCGAACGCCAAAUUUACUUGGUUAAAAAACGGUCAGCCACUUGUUGCUGGUGAUCGAUUCAUCACCAAAUAUGAUGUCGUGCCCAAGACUGUCUCUCUGGAAAUCCUUGACACAAGACCUGAAGAUCAAGGUACAUACACACUUCGCGCCACUAACCCCAAUGGUGCUGAUGAAACAACCGGAAGGCUCACUGUUCGACCACUAACCAAUGCCGAUAUUCAAGACUUCCAGCAACCUAAACCGUUACAAGUGACAGCGCCACAGCCUACGCAGCAGGAUCUGCCGCAGCCGCAACCACCGAAGAUAGUCAAACCAUUGGAGAAUAUCCAAGCACCGAAAGGCUCACCAGUUCUUUUGCGUGCCACGAUAGCAGGAAAACCAGCGCCCACGUUCACUUGGUUCAAAGAUAACAAGCCGCUGCAAGCAACACCUCGUUAUCGUACACAAUAUGAUGUUCCUACGAAACAAGUCGUUCUUCAAAUUGACGAGGUCCGACCAGAAGAUGCUGGUCAGUAUGCGGUAGUUGCAGCCAAUCCAGUGGGUCAAGAAACAACUGUAGGCUCGCUGACAGUUGUACCAGAGCGUACGGGUGAAGACAACCGUCCAUCCGGACAACCGCAGGGUAAAACACCACGUGCUGUCGAAAUGACUCCGGCUGUCG